AUGGUCAAGUUCCCCUUCCAUGGGGUUCAGGUCGGCGAUGGUGUCCUUUUCGCCACGAGGGCUGGGAACAUCCACUCGUUCAAUAUCGCAGAUGGCUCUCACAUCUCAUGCUGGAAAUAUCCAGUAGACCCCAAAGAACAGAAGUCGAAAUUGGUCAUUGAUGUGUCCGAGACGUCAACGCCCACGCUGUCGCAGGACGACCAGGGCCCUCCAGCCAAGCGCGUCAAGCUUGACGGUGGCGAUGCCGUGGCUGAGGUGACGGGGGGAAAUGGAUCAUCAGCAGGUGUGCCGCCUUCUUCUGAGGCUCUUGGCGAGGACACGCCAAAGAAGGGCAAGAAGAACAAGAAGAACCUGGCCCGACCUGGCCCAUUGACACAGCCCUCUGACCGUCCCAUGGUCAUUCUUAUGACCUCUGCCAAGGAUGGCAGUUAUCUGGUCGCCGUCACCUCAGACAAGUCUGUUUGGGUUUUUGAGCAUGACGGUCAGGGCGAGCUCAAGCAGCUCAGUCGUAGACGCAUGCCUAAGCGCCCCUGCUCGAUAGUCCUCACUCCAGACAACAAGGACAUUCUCGCAGCCGACAAGUUCGGCGACGUCUACUCCGUCCCUCUGAUUCCCUCCGAGCAGCCGCCGCAGCCAACAACAGAGGGAGCCUCCCCCGCCGCCUCCUCCCCUCCCCCACCAACCCGAAAUGCCUACACGCCCCAGGCCAGCGAGCUCACCGUGCACACCAAACGCAACCGCCAGGCCCUGCUCGACCAGGUCAUCUCCAAGACCAACCCCAAGGCUCAUCGCGGCACCCCGCGCCGUGUCGACGAGUCCUUCGAGCGGCACCUGCUGCUCGGCCACGUAUCUCUCCUCACCGCCGUGACGCUUGGGUUCGACGCCCAGGGCCGGCGGUACAUCAUCACCGCGGACCGUGACGAGCACAUCCGCGUGUCGAGGGGCACGAGGGAGCAGGCGCACGUCAUCGAGGCGUUCUGCCUGGGCCACGAGGAGUUUGUCAAUCGGCUCUGCGUCCCGGAGGGCAUGGGGGAUCUGCUUGUGAGCGGUGGUGGAGAUCCGGACCUGUUUGUCUGGAGGUGGAGGGACGGAGCGGCGCUGGCUAGGGCGGACUUGUUGGGCGCGGUGAAGAACACGACGCCGGAGGCGACCAAGGUUGCUGUCACGGCGUUGUGCAGCUGGCGGCCUAGUCCAACGGAGGCAUGGACGAGGGUUGUGGUAAUUUGUGAACGCGUUCCUGUUCUCUUCAUCUAUACCCUACAGAGCUCUGCCUCUCUAGAGUUCUCUGCAGCCGUCAGGCUCCCUGGUAAUCCACUGGACGUUGGUGUAGUCAGCGGUAAAGAGCUGGUCGUCACCGUCGAUCGGGACCAGAAGGAUGCUAACCAGGACGCAUUAGAGAAGUCCAUUCUGGGUGUGAAAUACACAGAUGGCGAGUAUGUGGUCUCGGAUGACCUCAUCAAGGAGCUCCCUGAUCUAGGCGCAGAGGAUCAAGACAUAUCAUCCGAAGAGCUGCAGAGCCUGCUGUACAGUGCGGAGACACUGCGCAAAUUGGAAACUGGAGAUGCGGAAAAGGAGGCUGGAGGGUACGGAGAGUAG